CCUAACUUUAAUAAAGAAAAGUUGGGCAAAUAAGUAUUUAAUUUUAAUAUUCAUAAUGAAAAUUGCUAUAGAAGGAUGUGCUCAUGGUGAACUAGAGAAUAUCUAUGAAACAAUUCAGCUUUUGGAAGAAAAAGAAUCUAUUAAAAUUGAUUUACUUAUAUGUUGUGGAGAUUUUCAAUCAUCAAGGAAUGAAGGAGAUUUGUUGUGUAUGGCAGUUCCGCCAAAAUAUGCCAAGAUAUGUUCAUUUUACAAGUACUAUACAGGUGAAAAGAAAGCUCCAAUAUUAACGAUAUUUAUUGGAGGAAAUCAUGAAUCAUCAAACUAUUUACAAGAACUACCUUAUGGAGGUUGGGUAGCACCAAAUAUCUAUUAUAUGGGAUGUGCUGGUGUUGUAAACGUUGGAGGUGUCAGAAUAGGUGGAUUAUCAGGAAUUUACAAAAGCAGAGAUUAUACGAAAGGCCAUUUUGAAAAAGCCCCCUAUGAUGAAAAUACAAAAAGAAGUGUGUACCAUAUCAGAAAUUUAGAAAUUUUUCGACUUAAACAACUAUCAGGCCCUCUUGAUAUAUUUCUUUCUCAUGAUUGGCCAAAUGGAAUUUAUAAGUUUGGCAAUAUAAGUCAGUUGCUAAAAAGGAAACCUUUCUUCAAAGAUGAUGUAGAAAGCGGCCAGUUGGGAAAUAAACCAAUAGAAGAAUUAUUAUAUCAAUUGAAACCAAGUUAUUGGUUUUCUGCUCAUUUGCAUUGCAAAUUUGCGGCUUUAGUAACGCACGAUGAUACGAGUAUAACAAAAUUUUUAGCGUUGGAUAAAUGCCUGCCUAAGAGGAAAUUCCUUCAAAUUGUAGAUGUACCCCACGACACGGAAUCAAAAAUUGAAGUUAAUUAUGAUUUGGAAUGGCUUACCAUUCUAUUUUUAACUAAUCAUUUAUUGUGCGUGAAAAAUAUUAAUACAUAUAUGCCCGGACCCGGAGGAAACGAGAGAUACAACUUCACCCCCUCAGAAGAAAACAAACAACAAGUCCUGGCAAGAUUUAAUAACGAACUGCGAGUUCCCAAUAACUUCGAAAAAUCAGCUCCGGCAUAUGACGUUAAUAGUCCCAAGAAGAGUACCGAAGUCAAGCAGCCCAAAGCCACAUUAAAUCCACAAACAGUGUUGUUAUGUGAAACGCUCGCUAUAGACGACCCGAUAUGUCUCGUUUCCGAAAUAGAUGGAACUAAUUUAAACCUUAGCGUUGAUCGGAGUGUAACUAGUUCUUUUAUUGACGAUACACUAGACAGCAGUAAUCCAAAAUUAAUGUGUAGUUCCACUCCAGUGAAGAGAUUUAGUAGUUUAAGUUUACCGGAGCCCAAAUUAGAUACUAGCGAUUUUGAAAGUGACGCUAAAGAUAAUACAGAAGAAGAAUUGGAAACGUGCAGUCAAUCAUCUGGAGACAAUGCACCAGUCGCAUCAAGUACAAAGAAGGACGUCGCUUCGAACGAGUCACCACUCCCAAAAAAAUUUAAACGUAGAAAUGCGGAAUUGUAUAAUGUUACAAUAAAAGAAUAAUAUUAGAAGGCAGGACUUAUUUGUUUCUGAUCGGACGGUACAGACCCAUCAUAAAUGAUUACAAGCCACGUGACCAGUAAUUUUGUUUAAUUCAAAUUGGCAAUUAAAUUUCGGUAAAAUUAAAAAUUAUUAAAACGAUAAGAUCAAGAUGACAUUAAAUCGCAACAUUUUGUUUUAUUGACUGUUGAUUGGUGUAAUUUUUCAUGAGUUUUCAAGCGUAGAUGUAACUGUUUGUCACUGUUCAUUGUAAACGAAUCAUUAAUAUUAGUGAUUGUAAAACUUAUGGAUUUUCAAUUGGCAUUAUCAAUGGUUGGUUGCCUAAACACGGUGUCACUUGGUUGUAAACAUUUAUGAAGCAACAUGGGGCAUGAAUUGUUUAAUUUUGUUAUACGAGUAUAUGUACAUGUUUUAAAUUUUUAUUGUAUGUUCUUUUGAAGAUUAUUGUUUAACUUUACCCAACCUUUAUACAUAUACUGUUAGAAGCGGUAUCUCCCCAUCAGUAAAUUAAAGUUAAAAGUAUCUUAUACAGGGUGUCACCUAAUAGGCUACUGAAUACAGGAUUUUAAAAGGAAAAAUUUUGUAGAGAAUUUAAUUUCUCAUAGAAAUGGCUUACUUAAAAUAUGUAAAGGGA